AUGAAACCGUUACUUAUUCUAUGUGUUCUUUUCGGUAGCACUUUUUGUGCGCCAAUUUGUGAAAUCGAGCUUGAUCAAUCAUGGGAAUUGUUCAAGCAAGUCUACGGAAAUGAAUAUGCCUCGAUUGAAGAAGAAACGACUCGGCGAAUCAUCUGGGAAACAAACCUUGAUAUGAUUGACCAACAUAAUCUGAAAGCUGGUAUAGGUGUCUACUCGUAUACUUUGAAAAUGAAUCAGUUCGGUGACAUGACAAAUGAAGAAUUCAAUGAGAAAAUGAACGGAUUCAAAAUAAAAAAUACUGAUUCGAGCAAAUUUGAUCGUCAUACACAUAUGGUCCCACAAAAUUUUGGUCCUACAGAUUAUGUUGGUCAUUUUCUCUUAAAUGAAACAUGUCUCAACCAAGGACAAUGUGGUUCCUGCUGGGCAUUUUCGGCCACUGGUGCUCUUGAAGGUCAACAUUUUCGUAAAACCAAGAGUCUCAUCUCACUUUCAGAGCAAAAUUUGAUCGACUGCUCGAGUAUGUUUGGUAACAUGGGUUGUGAAGGUGGCCUCAUGGACUCAGCCUUUCAAUAUAUCAAGGUUAACAAGGGUAUUGACACCGAGUCAAGCUACUCGUACGAAGCUCAUGAUGGCAAAUGCCGUUUCACAAGAGAAAAUGUUGGUGCCAUUGACACUGGUUUUGUUGAUACCAUAUCACACAACGAAACCGAUCUUGAAGUUGCUAUAGCAACUAUUGGUCCCAUAUCAGUUGCUGUCGAUGCCUCACAUAGCUCCUUUCAAUUUUACUCCUCAGGUAUAUACGAUGAACCUGAUUGCUCAGAUACUAAACUUAAUCAUGGAAUGUUAGCUGUUGGCUAUAACGAUACCACUCAGUAUCAUGAAUAUUACAUCGUCAAGAAUUCUUGGGGAACUUCAUGGGGAAUGCAAGGCUACAUCUGGAUGCGCCGCAAUUAUUACAAUCAAUGUGGUAUUGCUACAAUGGCAAGUUAUCCUCUUGUCUAA